AUGGCCGCCUGGCUGUCUGGCCUCAGCGCUGGGCCUGGAGGUCUGAGCCUCCGCCUGCGCCUCCGCCUCCUGCUGCUCUGCCUGCUGCUGCUGCUGCUGCUGAACUCGGGUUACAAAGGAGAUGACUCCCAACCAGCUUGUGGCAAACCCUGGUGGUCGGAAGAUGUGGAUGUGACCCGCCAUUGGCCCUGGGAGGUGAGCCUCCGCCUGAAAAAGCAGCAUGUGUGUGGAGGGGCCCUCAUUGACCACAGAUGGGUGGUGACUGCUGCUCACUGCAUCGAAGGCACCAAAGAGUACACGGUGACUCUCGGCACCUCUCAGCUGAGGCCCAGGAACUCGAGGACGGCCAUCUCGAUCCACGUGAGGGAUAUCAUUAUACACCCCAAGUACUGGGGCCGGACCUUCAUCAUGGGCAACAUUGCCCUUCUCCAGCUUUACACUCCUGUCACCUUCAGCAAGUACGUCCAGCCCAUCUGCCUCCCGGAGCCCACCUACAAGCUGAAGGUUGGGACGCAGUGCUGGGUGACCGGCUGGGGCCAGGCUAGGCAGCGGUUCUCAGCCAACACCACGCUGACCCCAGAGCUGCAGGAGGCUGAGGUGUUUAUUAUGGACAACAAGAGGUGUAACCAGAUUUACCGAAAGAAGUCCCCUGUCCCCAACCUCAUCCCCCUUGUCUUGGGACACAUGGUCUGUGCCACCAAUUAUGGAGAAAACUUGUGCAAUGGGGACUCCGGGGGCCCGCUGGCUUGUGAAGUCGAAGGCAGAUGGAUUCUGGCCGGGGUGUUGUCCUGGGAGAAGGCCUGCGCCGAAGCCCAGAAUCCGGGCGUGUACACACGCAUCACCAAAUACAGCAGCUGGAUCAAGAAUCAAAUGAGCAACAGGGCUCUCUCAGGGCCCUGCGCCUCCCCCUGGCUCCUUCUCCUGUCCUGGCUGCUGAGGUCCCAGAUGGGCUCCUGA